CAGGAGGAGGAGGAGGAGGAGGAGGAGGAGGAGGAGGAGGAGGAGGAAGGCGCGAGCCACGCCGCGCCGCCGCGCUUGGGGACCAGGCGCGCGCACCGCCCCGCCCGCAGCCGGGCAGGACUGACUGGGCCGCGGGCGGCUGUCAGGGCCCAGGCGGACGGAGACCAGCGCGGCGGACGCAGCAGCCGGCCGUGAGCCAUGCGGCGGGGGACGGGACGCGGCUGAGUCUGAGGAGCCGGUGGUGCCGCGGGGCGUCCUGAUGGCCGGGUCCUGGCGGGCCGCGCUGUGGGCCUGUGUGGCGGCCGCGCUGCUGCAGGCGGCCGGGCUGGCCCGCGCCGACUGCUGGCUCAUCGAGGGCGACAAGGGCUUCGUGUGGCUGGCCAUCUGCAGCCAGAACCAGCCGCCCUACGAGGCCAUCCCGCAGCAGAUCAACAGCACCAUCGUGGACCUGCGGCUGAACGAGAACCGCAUCCGCAGCGUGCAGUACGCCGCGCUGAGCCGCUUCGGCAACCUCACAUACCUCAACCUCACCAAGAACGAGAUCGGCUACAUCGAGGACGGCGCCUUCUCGGGCCAGUUCAACCUGCAGGUGUUGCAGCUCGGCUACAACCGGCUGCGCAACCUGACCGAGGGGGCCCUGCGGGGGCUGGGCAAGCUUGAGUACCUGUACCUGCAGGCCAACCUCAUCGAGGUGGUCACGCCCGGCGCCUUCUGGGAGUGCCCGAGCAUCGUCAACGUGGACCUGUCCAUGAACCGCAUCCAGCGGCUGCACAGCGCCACGUUCGCCGGGCUGGCGCGCCUCUCGGUGUGUGAGCUCUACAGCAACCCCUUCUACUGCUCCUGCGAACUGCUGGGCUUCCUGCGCUGGCUGGCGGCCUUCACCAACGCCACGCACGCCUACGACCGCAUGCAGUGCGAGUCCCCGCCGCUCUACGCCGGCUACUUCCUGGUGGGCCAGGGCCGCCAGGGCCAGCGCAGCAUCCUGCCCAAGCUGCAGUCGGUCUGCACGGACGGGGCCUUCGCGGCUGCCCCAGAUCCGGCCCGGCCACCCCCCGGCCGCUCGCCGCCGCCCCCGCCCCCGCCGCCGCCCGAGCCCAGCCAGGGCCCGUGUGGGGACGAGGACUGCUUCUCGGGCGACGGCACCACCCCACUGGUGGCCCUGCCCACGCUGGCCCCCCAGGCCGAGGCGCGGCCCCUCAUCAAGGUGAAGCACCUGGGCCUGAACUCGGCCACGCUGACCGUGCAGCUGCCCAGCCCCUUCACCCGCAUGUACACACUGGAGCACCUCAACCACAGCCGCUCGGCCACGGUGUCCCGGCUGACCCGCGAGCAGGAGGACAUCCGGCUCACCGACCUGCACGCGCUGACCAACUACACCUACUGCGUGGUGUCCACCAGCGCCGGCCUGCGCCACAACCACACCUGCCUCACGCUCCACCUGGCCAAGCCGCCCGGGCCGCCAGCGCCCGUGCCUAGCCCGUCCACGGCCACCCACUACAUCAUGACUGUCCUGGGCUGCCUCUUCGGGAUGGUGCUGGUGCUGGGCGCCGUGUACCACUGCCUGCGGCGGCGGCGCCGCCAGGAGGAGAAGCACAAGGCGGCGGCCGCGGCGGCUGGCAGCCUCCAGAAGACCAUCAUCGAGCUCCGGUACGGGCCCGAGCUGGAGGCGCCCGGCCCGCUGCUGGGCCCCGAGGCCGUGACCCGCGUCCCCUACCUGCCCGCGGCCCCCAGCGACGUGGAGCCCUACAAGCUGGCCGAGGGCGGCGGGACCCCCCAGGCCGGCAAGGGCGACUACAUGGAGGUGCGGGCCGGGGAACAGCGGGACUGUGAGCUGGGCCGGCCGCGCCCCGAUGCCCAGGGCUCGGUGGCUGAGAUCUCCACCAUUGCCAAGGAGGUGGACAAGGUCAACCAGAUCAUCAACAACUGCAUCGACGCGCUCAAGGCCGAGUCCGGCUCCUUCCAGGGCGGCAAGGGGGGCGCCGUGGCCGAGCCCCUGGUGCUGCUGACUGAGCCCCUGGCCGCCAAGCACGGCUUCCUGGCGCCCGGCUACAAGGACGCCUUCGGCCACGGGCUGCCCCGGCACCACAGCAUGGAGGCGGCCGGCCCGCCGCGUGCUGCCACCCCGGCGGGGGGCUCCAUGCGCAGUCCCCGGGCCUUCCGUGCCGGGGCCGCGCCCCCCGAGGCCAAGUACAUCGAGAAGAGCUCGCCCGCCGCUGACCCCAUUCUCACUGUGACGUCCGCCGCCGCGGUGCUGCGCGCCGAGGCCGACAAGAGCCGCCAGUGUGCCGAGCACCGCCACUCUUACCCGGGCCCCCGCCCCGUUGGGUCGCCCGCGCCCCCUCCCCACGACAGCUUGGGAGGCGGCCGCAAGGCGUCCAUCUUGGAGCCCCUGACGCGGCCCCGGCCCCGCGACCUCGCCUACUCGCAGCUGUCCCCACAGUACCAGCACCUGAGCUACUCCUCCAGCCCCGAGUACCCCUGCCGGGCCCCCCAGAGCAUCUGGGAGCGCCUCAGACUGAGCCGCCGGCGGCACAAGGACGAGGAUGAGGGCGUGGCGGCCGGCCAUGCCCUGCGCAAGAAGGUGCAGUUCGCCAGGGACGAGGACCUGCACGACAUCCUGGACUAUUGGAAAGGGGUCUCGGCCCAGCACAAGGCCUGAGGCGGCGGCCUGCACAAACACGGCACACGCGCGGGCACGCGGACUCGGGGAGGGGGCGCCGAUGGGGACACAGCCAGGCCCGCGACGUGGGUGCCUGGAACACUGUUGCACACACGCGUACGCACACACACACGCACACAGGCCUGUGUGUACACACAGACACGUGCA